AUCGCUGCUGCGCGCUCUUGCUGCGUGUCCUUCGUCCCUCGCCGUUCUUUUCAAGGUUCCCUCUCUCUCCACCCCGCUUGCGCCCUCUCCUUCUUGCGCAGCGCCCAUCUUGACCCACCUGUCUCGACGGCGCAACUGCGCGCUUCCCCCAACUCAGUUUGACCUCUCCAAUGCAUUGAGCGACAAUGGUCGCUGACGACAUCUACGAAGCUUGUCUUCCGAUCCUGCAGGAUGAAGGGUCCGACGACGAUGAGAAGACGGACAAGCUGGAGGAGCUGUUGCGCAAGAGGACGGGUCUGACGGGCAAGUCGCUCGAGAACGUUGUCAUGGAUUGCUUGUGGCGCUUCCGCGAAGCCGGCAGCUCCUCGACCUCACCUCCACCGAGCCGUCAUACCAUCAUCCGUCGACCGUCCCCAGCCCCCUGGCAAGCCAACCGUGUCCCUACUCCCGUGAACCAAUCCCCCCGAACCACACAUCCCCCGCCGGGCUUCGGUAUAGUCCCGCCUGGCUUUACCAGAGCCAAAUCUUCCAAUGCCUCUCCAUUCACCUCGCCGCGUCCCUCGCCUAGGUUGGCUUUCUCGACCCCCCACAUCCCACAUAGCCCGAGCCUUAGCGCCUAUCAGUUCAGCGAAAGUAGCCCCGCUCCGGACACAUAUGGUGACCUAGGUAGCGAUUCCGUAGACUGGCUCGUGAAUGAUGACUCCGGCAGUACCGAAUCCUCGUCCUUGAUGGGCGACGGUAUGCUCAAUGGCGCCGCCCCAGAAUUCAUCCAGUCUUCGAUGGAUAUGGGUCCCUACGACAUGCUACGUUCCAUCCUAAGAGACCACAGGUCGGACGAGGAGAUUGAGAAGGCACUCGAGGCAAAUGGCUAUGACCUAACUGCUGCGUUAUCAGCUCUGGCGGGCAAUCAGGGCUUCGAUGCUCAGUCAAUGUCCACGACGCUCUCAGAGCCUACCACCUACGUCGUUGGGAAGUCCGUGAGUCCAGCGGUCAGACCUGCGACUCCGGCUGGCCAGGCAAGGAGCAAUAUUGUGUGCAACUACUUUCUCUCCUCGGGCCACUGCGCCAGAGCCGACUGCAGGUUCAGCCACGAUCCGAGCAAGACGCUGUGCAAAUACUUCUUGAACGGUAACUGUCUCGCAGGUGAUACGUGCCUAUUUUCUCACGAUCCUUCCGCGCUCAUGGCACGUAUGGCUAUUUCGGACGCCAGCACUCCCCCUGUGCAGAGUGUCGUACCCAACUUCAUGCAAGAUACCGAAGCAUUUCCGUCACUGCGGAGAACUGUUUCGCCUUCCCCCAAGUACACUUCUGGCAUGUCGACCGCAGAACCAGCUUCACUCGAACAGUUGUACAAACUUCACGGCUUAACGCGUCCUCCACCAGGCUUAGGCCCCCUUCCCACAUUCACUCCAGGUAAUCUCAGUCAUCCUCAGUCCCGACCGAGCAGCAGGCACCCCUCUCGCGCUGCGACGCCAUCAGUACCUUCGGUGGACGACAAUGAAGCCUUUCCGACUCUCGGCUCCGCUGCAGCGAAAGCAGGAAAACGUCAUCAUGGCAAGCGCGGAGGUCACGGACACAGCAAUAAAGAGCAGGCCGUACCCACCAACCUGGCGGAUGUGGUACGCAUGUCGCCUUCUCCUAACCCAGUGCAGCUGCGGAAAACCGUGAAGCCGGCGAAGAGUUUCAAUGGAUCGCGUGAGAAUAGCGCCGCUGCGCAAGCCAUUCCCGCUCCAGAACACAUCCCCUGGCUUGAAACUGGUGAUGCUGCAAACAAGGCGUAUUUGCAAGCACGUGCUGAAGCUUUCAAGCAUGGUAGUUUGCGGAAUAAGUUUCUGCAAAGUGCCGCUCAGGCUUGGAACCGGAAUGAUUCGCGCGCCGCAAAAGCUCUGAGUCUUCGGGGUCAGAGUGAGAACAAUCUCAUGCGUGAAGCACAUCGUGAAGCUGCCCGUCAUCUUUAUGAAGAGCGGAACAAAGACACUGGACCGAAUGCUCGGGAACUCUAUGUCGACCUUCACGGUCUUCAUCCUGAAGAAGCAGUAUCUUACCUUGAAGGUAUUCUCCUCAAACACAGCUCAUCCUCCCGUCCCGUCUACGCUAUCACUGGGACUGGUCAUCACUCCAAGAAUGGCAAAGAUAAGGUUGGCAAAGCAAUUCGCGCUUUCCUCACCGAAUGGCGAUAUGCCUUCCGCGAAUUCUCUGUUCCUGGAGACCGAAACAACGUAGGCGGCAUUCUCGGUAUCGAUCCCAGCAGCUAUGACAAGGCGGCCGCAGAGAAGUCGAAGGAGAGUGAAGCGAAUUCAGUUAAUGAGGCUGCUUCCGGCAAGGAUACCAAGGUCAGAAUCAUGAAGAGAGAAGAAAUCUUGGAUGCUCCUAAAGGUCCUAGAUUAGCUGCUGGUCUGUGAAGACCCAAGCGUGCAGACAGUAUACUAACUCAAACAAUGAGAAAAACAAAUUCACAUUCCAGUUCAAAAUCUGCAUCUUUAUCACG